AUAUUCAUCGGCGGCAACUCCAUGCGAACACUCAUAUAUCCUUAUUCCUUCCCUUCUCACUCCACUCUACAAAUUUUGAUUGUUUUCACUAGUCAGCUUCAGCUAAUCGCUAAUAUAUAAUCCAAUAUUUCCGAGCUUGGCAAUUAUUAAUAGAGACGACACGUGUUAAUCUAUAUUAAAGUUAAACUGGCCCACUUUGGUCUUUUUGUAUCAUAUCUCGACAAUGAAUAAUAAUCGCUAGCAUCCACUUAUUUGUGAUUUGCAAAAUAAAUUCCUGCAAGGUGCAGUGAACUGACCAAUUGUCACCUGGAUUUGAUUUAACGGAUUUACGAAUUUUGUAGUUCGAAGUGACGUGUUGCGCUUUUGUGGUUUAAUGCCAACUACAAUGUACUGUCGGAAUCGGUUGACAGGAAUUUCACGUGAUUAUUUACGGCCAGUCUGUCAUUUUUAGGCAUUCCUUGGGUUUCUACAAACAUAAUUUGUAAUUUAUUUAUGUUUACCAAUUUCUGGGGACAGCUUUUCGAAUCAAUACUAACUACGCUGGCAACAAAAAAUUCUACGCAUGGAGACGUGCACGGCUGGGCCUAUCAUUCAUGAAAGCAAUAGUUACGUUGGUUUGGAUGCGAACGAGAUUGUCCCAUUAAUAUUUCACGGAUGUGGAAUGAAUACAACUCCACUUCCCCAUAUUUGCUACUUUUAGCAGAACAUGAAAGAACGACCGCCAUCAGGUUCUGAUUCUGGAGAACGUGGCAGCAUGGUGACUCAAGGAUAUUCCGCGGCUUCGGCGCUAAGUUCCGAUGGAUCAUUAUCGUCGUCGCAACCAAUUCCCCCCCAUGACUCGCAUUACCAUGACCAGGCCCAGUUUGAAGCAGAUAAACGUGCUGUUUAUAAGCAUCCCUUAUUUCCUUUAUUGGCCCUGCUUUUCGAGAAAUGUGAAAUUGCGACACAAACUUCCCCAGAAAGUGCUAUGUCAGACAGUUUCCACCAUGAUCUUGAGGCAUUUGUGCAACAUCAGGAGCGAGACAGGAAACCCUUCUUGGCAAACGACGCUGAAGUUGAUGGUCUUAUGAUCAAAGCGAUCCAAGUCCUCCGAAUUCAUUUGCUCGAGUUGGAUAAAGUCCAAGAAUUGUGUAAAGAUUUCUGCACACGAUACAUACAUUGUCUCAAGGGAAAAAUGCAAAGUGAGAAUCUGCUACGAUCAGACUACUACGAUUCUAACAGUAACAAUGGGUCUACAGCCAUGCUUACGAGCUCACACAGCAAUAGCCCUCACAAUUCGUGUUACUCGUCGAACGGAGACACUCCAGUGUCUCCCACUCCAACAGGAAAUGUAUUUCAUCAUGCAGGGCUCCCAUUCUCUGCAGCCCAGUCAUCAAUUCCUCCAGUGUUAAUGAAUAACUGCAAUGCGUCCCCAGAACAUAGUACAGGAAGUAGUCAUCACUCUAGCAACAGUCCAACUCUAGGGAGUAUCCAUGGAGGGACUCCACUUUCUCAAAUCGGUGUCGGUGCCAAUAACUCGAUCCCCCCUGGUCCCACAACCUCCAAUUCACAAGAUUCAUUUCUUCAAGCACCCAAUUCACCCAGCAGCGGAGAAGAGGAAGAAGAUUAUCUCGGCCGAAAAAAAACAAAACGUGGUGUUCUCCCUAAGCACGCCACAACAAUAAUGAGAUCCUGGCUUUUCCAACAUAUUGUGCACCCUUAUCCAACUGAGGACGAAAAGCGUCAAAUUGCCAGCCAAACCAACUUAACGUUAUUGCAAGUUAACAAUUGGUAUAUUAACGCGAGAAGACGAAUACUACAGCCAAUGUUGGAUGCAUCAAAUCCUGAACUUUCAGCGCCAAAGGCAAAAAAAUUGAAGACAAAUGGCUCAAAACCUGCUCUAAAAUACUGGUCAGAUAAUUUAGCUACCAUGGGGUCAGGUUCAGAAUCAGGAGGAGUUGAUGUUGGGCAUAAUCCUGGUGAUGAAUUGACCGAUGAUUCCGACGGUGACAGCAGUAAUGAUAAUGAUGACGCCAAUGAUGAUCUCCUUAUAGACAAUAGUGAUUCGUCACAACAGUGAAGCCUCUCCGCGAAUUUGGUUACCAAAUGCAAAACAAAUGAGUUAAUUUGCUACCUUCAUUGACUUGACUGUUUCAAUUGUUUAGUACAAUUAGCUCUAACCAAACUUUACCUUUAUUAUAUAAUCAACACUUUGUGAUGUAUCGUUAUUUAAAAAAAGCGAUGAUAUUUUUGACAUUAUUCUGGGUUCCUGUUAAGUCAUAUAUGUAUUAAAUUAGACAUAAACACUAUCUAUAUUAUAUUGCCAAUACUUCAAUAGUAACUUUAUUGCUGCAAACAUAAUACUCAUUUGUGUAAAAGUAACUACUCAAACUAAUGAGUAUAGAAAUUUCUAAUUUAUUUAUGAUCAAAGUUUUUUCUAGUAAUAAUACUCACUCGCUCUAUCCAACUAUUUACUUAUUUAACCUGUAAUUUUAAAAUGUACCAUGCAAGUUGUAUACGAGAUAGACCCCUACAUAUUCCUGUAGAGUUUUAUGCUACUCAAAGUAUAAAUUUUAUUAGGCAUACACGUAUUAAUAGAUUUAUUGAAAAAGAUUGUCUUGCAUGACCUUCAACAACUUUAACUCUAAUAUUCCACUUGAAUCUACUUUUAACUAUUAUUCUGUAAGUGUAAUCUACAUAUAUCAUCGUACAAUCAACAUUACGCAUGAAAACUUUAAAGUCAUGUAAUAAUGCAACAUUUGCCCGUCUCGUUACUAGCUAAGGUCGUCAAGUUUUUGCCUCAUUUUUCUCAAUUAUUUGUGUAUGUAAUUGUUGUUUAAAAAAUUGCAAUAAAAAUAAACGAUAUCUAUAGCUGAA